UUUAGUAGACAGUAGUAGUAAUUUGAUAGUGUUUUUCAAUAGUUAAGUAAAAGGUAAACAAAAUAGCACAUGAAAAUGGAAAUGAAAGGCAUGAGUCUAAUUACCUGCGUUUUGUCCGCAGCUGAGUGUGCUGUGAUUUUGUAAACCGCAGAGGAUCUGUUCCCGACUUAGUAUUCUUCUCCGCCGCGAAAAUUUUCAGAUGAAAUGCUGCAUGUAAGAAGAGUGAUAAGUCGAGCAACAUCGAAUUACAUUCUACAUAAUUUUCUUGGUAGAGUUUCUAAAUUCCCCUGCGUUGGCUGCAAGCUUUUUCCCUACUUGCAUGACCAAAAUGGUGCCUUGGUGCUUCGACAUGGGGUGGAUGUUUUUUCACAUAAUUUCUCGACAGUUUUAGUUCAGGCUCGAGACAUAGGCAGACUUCAUGAGGAGUUGGAGACUGCAACUAAUGAGGGUAGACUCAAUGAUGCGUGGGAUUUGCACGAGAAGCAUAUGUGGAUGGAAGGGUUUGCUAGGAAAUCCAUUGUGUGCAAGCUGAUCGCAGGAUUAACAGAGGGUCUAGACAUUGAGUGGCUUGAAAAGGCCUAUGGAUUGGUGGAUAAAGCUUUUGAGGAACACAAGCAGACGCUGUUCAAUAGGGAGAUCCUCAUUUACCUCUCUUUAGGCCUUGCUAAAUGUGGACUGCCUAUUCCUUCCUCGACUCUUUUGAGGAGACUAAUCGAGAUGGAGAACUUCCCUCCUGUGGCAGCUUGGUCUGCUAUUAUAGCUUAUAUGGCCAACAGUCCGUCUGGAGCGUUCCUUGCGGCCGAAUUGGUUCUUGAAACAGGUUACAAGUUCCAUGACGGGAGGGUUGAUCCACGGAAGAAGUGCAACGAGCCUUUGAUUUCUAUGAAGCCUAAUGCAACUGCUCUUAACAUAGCUCUGGUGGGGUGCCUUCGGUAUGGCAUCACUAGGAAAGGAGAGCAACUCCUUGAUAUGAUCCCCCGGAUUAAUAUGAAAACUGAUGCAACUUCGUCGAUCAUCAUGGCCCAUAUUUAUGAAAGAAAUGGCCGGAGGGACGAGCUGAAAAAGCUCAGGAGACAUGUUGAAGAAGUUGACAAUAUAACUGGUGUUCAGCUCCGGCAGUUCUACAACUGUCUUCUCUCGUGUCACUUGAAAUUUGGCGAUCUAGAUUCUGCCUCUCGGAUGGUUCUUGAAAUGCUUCGCAAGGCGAAGAAAGCUCAGAAUUCUCUCGGUGUGGCUAAUUUGCGGUUGGAGACUGAUAAAUUAGGCACUGCAUCACCGCAUCAAAUACACAAGAAUCCAGCAACACCUCAAAGGUGUUUCUCGUGCUAUGAAGACUUUUGUCGUGACAAAAAGUUUCUAAGCCUUGAAGCCGAGGCAAGAGAAUUACUCAACACCUCGGUUGUGAACUUGCAGGGGCAAGUUGAGCUGAUCACAACCAAGAGAGGGAUUCUUAGGCCAACUGAAAUGACUUAUGUGAAACUAGUUAAAGCGUUCUUGGAGGCUGGAAACACAAAGGAUUUGGUCGAGUUCUUGAUAAAGGCGGAGAAAGAAGAUUCCCCUAUGUCUGCCGAUAACUCGGUUCUCGUUCAUGUCAUCAACUCUUGUAUUUCCCUCGGUUGGUUGGACAAGGCACAUGACCUUCUGGAUGAAAUGCGCUUGGCUGGCAUUAGAUGUACCUCGUCAGUGUAUAAUUUCCUCCUGAAAGCAUAUCAUAAGGAAAACCAAAUUGCUGAGAUGAAAUCAUUGAUCAGAGACGCCCGUAGGGCUGGUGUUCAGCUGGAUGCGAGUUCUUACCAGUCGCUGAUUCAAUCCCGGGUGGUUGAGAAGGACACAGCAGGGGCCCUUGAUCUGUUCAAGGAAAUGAAAGAGGCUAAAAUACCUAGAGUCGUUGAACAAGACUUUGAUUUGCUAUCCAAGCGCUGCGCAGAGGGAGACGAUGCUCAUAUAAUGUCAAAGCUAUUGCAGGAAAUACAGGAAGGGCAGACAGCAGAUUCUGGAGUCCAUGACUGGAACAGUGUGAUUCACUUUUUCUGCAAGAAACGGCUAAUGCAAGACGCGGAGAAGGCUCUGAAGAAGAUGAGAAGUCUGGAGCUUCCUCCCAAUGCGCAAACUUUCCAUUCUAUGGUCACUGGAUAUGCUGCAAUUGGGGGCAAAUACAUCGAGGUGGCUGAACUGUGGGGCGAGAUGAAGUCUUUCGCCUUUUCUAGUGGGAUGAAGUUUGAUGUGGAGCUGUUGGAUGCUGUGCUUUACACAUUUGUGAGAGGCGGAUUUUUCAUCCGAGUAAAUGAAGUUGUUGAGAUGAUGGAGGAGGGCGGGAUGUUCGUGGACAAGUACAAGUACCGCACUUUGUUUUUGAAGUACCAUAAAACUCUGCAUAAGGGCAAGGCGCCCAAAUUUCAGACAGAAUCACAGUUGAAGAAGAGAGAAGCUGCGUUGGCCUUCAAGAAAUGGAUUGGUUUGUGAUUAAAGUAUUUUGAACAACUAAUGUUUCAGAGUUUGUAAGUUUAAGUGAAUGCAUCAUUUAUGCAUAAUCAGUGCUAAGAUUACUAGAAAAUUAUUUAAGCCAA